GUCAGUAUAGUUUCAACACGAAUACCAAAUGUGAAAUGUAAUCCGCUAGAAAGCAGUAAACACUACUAAAGAAACCCGACAGAAUCGAUAACUCAAGAGUGAACUACGAUCUCGGCAGUAUGGUAAUGCGACCUGAUGGCCCAGGUCUACAGCCAGAAUGCACCUAGAAAUUCUGUAGGUCAUUUCAGCAGCUCUAUUGAUGCCAUAUUACAGACCUUUUACUUUAUUAUAAAGUAAACACACCAAAAACCAGACAUAUGCAAACACACUUAUUAUUUAACAAUUGAAACACCAAAAACCUGAAAUAUACAAACACACUUAUUUAAAAAAAAAAAAAAGAAUUAUCCAGAAAUAUAUUUAAAUUGAAUAUUUCAACAAAAUGAUCAGUCACGAAAUCAACUUAACUAGUUGUAUGUGUUUUUUUAACAUGAAUUCUACUCAAUGCAGUUUGCUAUGUUAGAAUGACUGUGCAUUUUUGAGGAGACAGGAAGUUGGGCUGAGCUAAGUGAUAUUAGAAGUGCUGAAAUAACAGGAAUUUUCAAUCUGGAAAAGGUUGGUUUUCCCCCGAUACUCGGGGUAGAGCCUGGUAAUCCGACUCCGGGACCACAUGCCGAUGGAUGAAUAUUAAAAAUGAGGAAAAGUCUGUAGAAAGGUCAAAAUGAGGGGAUAUGGGGAGAUAUCACUGGAAAAAGUCGGCGGUAGGGAAAUCAUGUAACUGAUGGUGUCGCAUUCAAUAAGCUGGGUCUACUAGCAUCUUCGUGACGCGUGGCGAAGCCUGCAUGCAUGCAGCGGUCCGGUCUCGGUAGAGGCUCCAAUGUGAAUUUUUUUUUUCCUUUCUCAUAGCUUCUUGUUCCUUCUUUCACAUUGAUCCAUCAAACAUGCAGGAAAGGAAAUCUGAUGAAGAAAAAUAUCUACAUAGAGAUGAAAGGUAAGAUAACACAACAUUGCUAAUAUAAACCUGUGCAGAAUAUGUUGGUGAAAAACUACUACCGAAAAAUACUUAAAGAUUCCAAUUAAAAAUAGCCAAACAUUUUUGAAAUAAAAGCUAUAAAUUAAAAUGAAUAAAAUACAAUAAUAACAAAACUGAAACGCGAAAGCUUGGAACCAGAGAGGAGGUGUGACAAAUCGCUGGAUGCAGGGUGGCCACUAUAUUCGAGAUACAAAAUUUCAGGUUUUUUCCAGAUUUUCCAGGUUUUGCAAUAUACAGGGUGUAUCAAAAUUCAUGUUACUACACUUGAGGGUAGAAAGCUCUUAUUAUUUGCAACCAUUUUUGCCAAUAAACAUGUUGCCAGAAACUCGUAGUUAAGCCCCUGUAGCCCCAGAAAGAGUCAGCGUAGGCAACCCGUUGUAGAGUGUUAUGUUGUGGAGUUCGUGUUGUGUGCUUUCGAGUAGAGAAAUAACCUUUUUAAUCGUGGCACAGAUUUUAAUGUCACUCUGAAAUCAAUCACAGCUUCGGAUUUGUUUCACAACAUUGAAAUUGUUUCAUACGUUUUAACGUGACAGCCUAAAGCAAUGGCUCAAAAACACACCCACCUUGAGCGACACAGAGGUGGCAACAGCGAAUCAUGUUUUCACGGAUACGCUGGAGCAUGUGUGGAGUCGACCUUAAAAUUCGAACGCUUCAAUGAUUCGCUGUGUAAGCUCUUCUACCGUUUCUACUGGCGUGGCGUAGAUAAGCCCUUUUACGUAACCCCACAGAAAGAAAUCUAACGGGGUUAGGUCAGGUGACCUUGGCGGCCAUGCGACAGGGCCCGCUCGUCCAGUCCAUCGGUUUGGAAAUGUUUGGUUUAAAUACUCUCGCACUUGCAGGGAAAAAUGAGGUAGUGCCCCGUCAUGUUGGUACCACAUCACACGUCGGACAUGCAAUGGAAUCUCUUCAAGAAGACCUGGUAGUUCGUUCUGAAGGAAGUGGAGGUAUCCGGCGCCGGUAAGUCGUGGCGGAAGAAAAAAAUACCCAAUGAGUACGCCGUCAACAAUAUCGGCCCACACAUUAACUGAAAAACGUUCCUGGCGAGCUGUAACACACGUUGCAUGCGGAUUGAUAUCAUUCCAUUCAUGACUGUUGUGCGAAUUGAGAAUAGCAUCUUUAGUGAACUCGGCUUCAUCGCUGAAUAAAACCGCUAACUUGGGGUUCCUCAAUACUCUUCAAAUGUACCAACGAGAAAAGGUCAUGCGAAGAGGAUAGUCCGCCGGACCCAUGUGUUGCACUUUUUGAAGGUGGUACGGGUACAAGAGUUGCUCAUGAAAAAAUCGCCAAACAGCCAUCUUGUCAGCGUCCAUAUCGGAACCUUCUGCCCUUGUGCUUGUAUCCGGACUCUCCUCAAAUCUCUGAAGUACAUCUUCUUCAAAACUGGGAGUCCGAAUCAUGCGUGGAGCACCAGCAUUUGGUCUUGUGACGGCACAUGUAUCAGUAUCACAUAUUCGCUGAGUAAGUUUUGCAAACAUGAUGUGAGCUGGAAUUCUACGACCCGGAUAUCGUUCUUCGUACAGACGACGGGCGGCUCGUCCAUUUUGUCUAGCUUCCCCGUAAACAAGCAGCAUGUCCGUGUACUCACUAAACGUGUACACCAUUGAGCUCUACUAAAAAGUCGCCCUUUUCAGAACCACAAAGAAAGAAAUGACAUCCUGUGUACCAUGCUUGUACGACAGAACAGUCAACGACAGACCACCAGUGAUAUCAAAACACACUGCGACACUGCAAUGUCACGCUGCGCAGUGCUAUGGCACAGCACGAACGGAAGAAAAGAGGUGAGGGCGCCACCAACAGAAGUAAAAAGGGGCGGGGGUCAGCAUUCGACAUUGUACAGUCCUCUCGAGCGCUGCCCGGCGUCGUAAACACAUAAUUCACCACAGCAUCGUCUGUCUCGCACAAAGCCCAACGCUGACUCUUUCUGGGGCUACAGGGGCUUAACUACACAUUUCUGGCAACAUGUUUACUGGCAAAAAUGGUUGCUAAUAAUAAGAGCUUUCUACCCUCAAGCGUAGUAACAUGAAUUUUGAUACAUCCUAUACAAAAUUACAUGUUUUUAUAUAUGUAUUACAUUAUACAAAGCACAAAUUUUAAAACAUGGGAACAUUAUAGUAACUAAAUAUAAAACAAAAAUGCACAAAUGUGAUACAUACCUAACUAAAAAAACAGGUGACAGUUUACUAAAUAUGUAUUUGCCACAUAACUUUAACCUUAUUUUGUGUUUCGAAUUUCUUCGUCUAUGAGAGCUGUCUGUUUUAAGGCAUCACUCAUUAUUUUGACUUAUUUUGCCUCAAGUUCCAUGAGGUUCUUUUCAGCUUGUCUUUUUCUGACUCUUAGUUUCUUCAGUCUCUUCCUGUUUCUUUCUUCGUUCCAGAUGUUCCUUGUACCGUGAAGACGAAUUCUUGGUAUAGUGAAUAAGAGAUUUAGUUACUUCAACAUUCUGCACCCCCUUAACAUGUGAUACAGCAUCAUAUACUAUUCUCUGGGCUACAAGACUUUCCUCAGCCUGAUUUUCGACCAAGCAAUCAGAAUUGAUGGAAAAACCACGCUCUAAGGCAGCAUUUCCAUGGGAUAGAAUGAGUAAACGCUUGAUAAAGUGUAACAAAUUUGGGAAUGUUUUGCCACAUUCCCCCAUAAUCUGCACAUAAAACAAAUCUAGAUGCUGACUAUAACGACGGAACGACUUCAUCGCUUCUCUCACUGAACACAUUUGGCUAAAUACUCUGUACUCCUGUUUAAUUUUAUCAGCAAUGGAUCCUGGAAUAUGUUGCUUUAUAACAAGUAGUUCCAGGCAUGAUUGUAACCUCUUUUCAGCUAGGUUUGGGUUACUUGAAAUUAACUCUGGGUUGACAAAGGAGACAUAUCUGGUCAGCAAAGUUAUAUUUCACAAUAUAAGUUACCUAUUUGAUUAUAUAUAAACACUUGACAAGUGACAAUAAACAAAGGGUAAAAUUCUUGGGUUGCGGCUUUUCCGUAAUAAAAUAACAAAAUUCUGAUAAUGCAUUUUUUAAACACUAAUGACGUUCCUCUACUUGCUCUGGUUUGCCCGCAUAGCUCCAGUCGGAGAGAGAGUGGAGUUCAGGCCAACGUGGCCGGGACCGGCUGCCGUCUGUGGUGCAUCUCGGAACUUGUACUGACCCUCCCACUCGUAGUCCCGGAGGUAGCGAUAGGCAGUCGUCUAACGAGUGGACCGGCGCAACGCCGGCCUGCUCCCCGCGUGAGUGGUCGUCAUUGGCUUCUCGGAGGGCAAGUCCAGGACCACCUGCUGGGCCCUGUCGACAUCACCCUCCCCACUGAGGAGCCAGACCGUCACCCCGUCAGUCAUGUCCUCGUCGACGUCUGUUCUCGUCACCCGUCGUUCCCAGGGGUGGGCGCGUCUCCGUUUACGUCCCUGGUCAGGCUCCGGUAACGUCACCACGGGGUCACUGAGGUCGACCAGAUCACCCAGGAUGGUGUCGUCAUUAGUCACGUCCUCAAUCAGUGGCCCGCCGUCGACGUCGUCGUCGUCGUCGGGCGGAAGCACCCGGUCCACAAUGCGCUCCAGCUCUACCAUGCUCGCGCCACGCGGGCCCCUUCCGCCCGUCCUGUCGGGCGUCCUUGCCCCGCCCCCUCUCGCCGGUCGGGAACUGUCGCCCCCCUUCUGAUGCCCCCUCGCGGGAGGUGGAGUCGGUUCUCUUGUGGUGUCAUGUCCGUGCAUCGCGUCCGGUGGGUCUCGUCUCCGUCUCCGUCCCCGCUUACCACCCGCCGUCCCCAGGGGUGGACGUGUCCCCGGCGAUGUCCCUGGUCAAGCUCCGGUGGCAUCACCACGGGGUCACUGAGGUCGACCAGUAUUCCCACUGCGGCGUCGCCAUUGACCACGUCCUCAACUAGUGGCCUGUUGUCAUCGUGGUCGUCGUCGUCGUUCGUCCCAUCUGCCAAUCGGAUAUCGUCCCUGUGUACCUUUGUGGCACGUCCGUCGGCACGAUGGACGAGAUACAUCGUGGUCCCCAGUCUGUCAAUCAGCCCCUGGGGGCCUGACCACUUAGAUGCCAGGCUUGCGCAGAAGACCCUCUCGUCAGACGACAGGUGGUGACACCUGACAAAAACCUGCUGGCCAGGCUCCAGUUGCCUUGGGGGCUGUUGUGUCUGCGGCGUGCGUCGGGCGAUGUAGUGUUCUUGGCGUCGUCGGGCGUCUUCGCGUAGAUCGUCCGUGGUCGUGUCGUGUGAGUCGGUGAUUGUGCGUGCCUCCCCGGGCAGGGUGAGAUUUCGGCCCUGCACCAGUUCAGCGGGGGAAUGGCCCAUGACAGCAUUUGUCCGACGGUGCAGGCAAUACAGCAGCGUCGGCAGUUGCAGGUCCUACUUGGUGUGGUCCUCGUCCAACCGGAUGCACAGCUGAGUCUUAAUGUACUGAUUCCGCCUUUCGGUCGGAUAAGCGCGCGGAUGGUAGUUGGGCGUCGUGUGAUGCUCCACCCCCCAACCCGCGUAGGACAAUAACUCACGCUCAAGCAGGGCAAUCACGGUGCCGGCCUUCACGUUUAGCACUGCGAACGCCUCCGCCCGGCGGGUGAAGACGUCUGUGACCACAAGAAUGAAACGCCGGCCACGGGACGUGCGAGGAUACGGCCCCAUGAUAUCCACCGCCACAGUGUGGAAGGGAUCUCGGGGCCGUCGCGGGACCUGUUGCUCCUUGCCGUCGGGUCAUCUAGACUACCGCUCCUGGCAACGCAGGCAGGCCCGCACGUAGCGUUUCACUUCUGCCGCGUCGCCAGGCCAGUGGAAUGUCCGUCUGACCUCACGCAGCAUCUGCUCUGCACCCAGGUGUCCUGCCUGGGGUGAUCAUGCAGGUAGCCUAUGCCCCAGCGCCCAGCCUCGGGCAGCACGUGAGUCUGCCACCUGCUUGUCCUGUGAGCCCCCUGGUCUGGAGCACCCAGUUCAGACUCUGGCAGCCCGGUACCACCCCUUCUCUGCACUCCGUCAGUCGAGUCUGGAUAUCGGGGUCCCAGAGCUGCGCAGCAUGGACCCACGACAGCAGUUUGGUCAUAGUUUCUGGUCGAGCAUCAGGCGCAGGGGCAGUGAAGCUGGACAGCGCGUACAACGCGCAUGGCCAUGGCACCGAGUCCUCGACCCCGUGUUCGCGCUCAGGAAGGAGCACCUCCACCCAGCCCUGGUCGUCGCGGAACUCGCUCUCAGGAUCCGGAUUCUGGGACAGCUUGUCGGCCAGCUGAUUCUCUCGUCCAGGAACAUGUUCAACCGUGAACGAGAAUUCCUGAAUCAGCAUGGCCCACCAAGUGAACUUAGACUUUCGGCCCUGAGCGGAGUCUAGCCAGCGGAGACAUUGGCUGUCGGUUCUCAACGCCCCUCGACGUGGUGACUGUAGCGCUGCAGGGUCCAGACCACUGCAAGACACUCCUGCUCAUUCACAUGAUACCUCCGUUCAGCCUGCCCAAACUUGCGCUGGCGUACUCGAUCACACGCCUAACUCCGUUGUCAUCCACUUGGUACAGCACCGCACCCAUCCCCUCCCGACUCGCUCUGUCUGGAUGAAGAUGGAGCGGCUGGGAACCAGAUGUGAGAGCGUGUGACAGUUCCUGAACCGGUGCUUUACCUGCCGCAAGGUCUCGUCCUUGGUGGGGGGGGGGGUGUCCACCGGAACUUAGUCUUUGGCGACAGUAGGUCCGUCAUCGGGGCCGUGAUCGUGGCGAAGUCGGGGACAAAGGACUGCAACCAGUUGAGCAGCCCCAACAGCUUCUGGAGCUGCUUCCUGGUCCUCAGUGCCCCCUUCCCCUCAAUCAGCUCCAACUGCUCGGGUCGGGGGCGGUACCCCUCUGCUGUCACCAUGUGUCCCAGGACCUCGAUCUCAGUUGCCCCAAUGUGACAUUUCUUCGGGGCACAGGUCAGUCCGUGUCUGGCCAUACGUUCUAGCACCAACGCCAGAUGGUGCGCGUGUUUCUCCCACGUCCUGGACCAGAUUAUGACGUCGUACAGAUAGGCACUGGCGAAUUCACCAAUGUACCCGUGCAGAACACGUACCAUCAGGGCAUGGAACAUGGCAGGGGCGUCCAUGAGACCAAAAGGGAUGGCCUAGAACUGAUAUCGCCGGCUGUCUGGUGCUGUGAUUGCCAUUUUCGGGCUGUCUUCACGGCUUACUGGCACCUGCCAGUAGCCUGAUUUCAAGUCAAGAGUCGUGAAGAUGGUCGCGUCCCCCAGUCCGGCUAGAGCGUCCGUGAUGUUGAUUUGUGGGGGCGGGGCGGGAAUAGUCAGUUUGUUCACUGCUUUGAAGUUCACGCAAAAGCAUAAACUUCCGUCCUUUUUGGUGGCCAGCACCACCCGCGAGUUGUACGGGGAGGUGCUGGGCUCAACCACUCCGUCCCCUAACAUUUCAUCAAUUUGUGUCUGGAUGGCCUCUCGCUCUCGGAGACCAAACCUGUAUACCUUCUCAAAAGGAGGGCAGUGCGGUACCAUCGGAAUCCAGUGCUUCGUCACAGUCGUCCGUCGUAGCCGGUCACGGCCGCAAAUACCUGUGCUUGGGAGGCGAGGACACUGUUGAUGGCGUCGACGUGCUCUGCGGGGACACCGUGCUGAAGGUCCUCUAGGCGGAUGACUGACGGAGGGGAACUGGGGGGAGCCUGGUGUACACCGUACACCAUCCAGCGCCCCUGGGUGCCGAAGUGCAUCCGCCCAGCUCGUACUUCCACGGUUGCUUCGACCUCGUACAGCCAUGGGAUUCCCAGGAUCAACCCCUCGCGGGAUUUGGGGACCAUCCAUGCCUCGAUGUGGCUAACGUGACCAACAAUGCUCAAUGUUACCUGAAUGGUGCCCCCUGCUGCGACGACAGCAUCCCUGGUGGCCAGCUGCACCAGCUCCCUCCUAGGGGUCACCGCCUCCGCCGUCACCAGGUACUUUGCAACAGGAUCAUCUUUCAAGACAUUGGGGUACACCUAUAGGAUGUCUGAUGUAACAGUCGGGAGGAUUGUUAAGGAAACAAGCAAGGCAAUCCUGGACAAACUGCAAGCUGCCCACAUGACUUUUCCCUCAACAGACCAAGAGAUUGAAUCAAUCAAACAAAGAUUUUGGGAAAGAUGGAGAUUCCCAAACUGUGUAGGCUGUGUUGACAGUAAACAUGUACGUAUACGAAACCCACGACAUUCUGGCAGCAUGUUUAGAAAUUAUAAACAAUAUUUCUCGAUUGUAUUGCAAGGUGUUGCCGGACCUGACUAUAAGUUUAUUGCUGUCGAUGUUGGCGGUUAUGGCAAAGAAAGUGACGGGGGAAUUUUUUCUCAUUCAAUUCUUUCAGAAAAACUUGAAAAAGGGGGGUUAGGUUCACAAUUAUUUGUUGCAUUGCCAGGAACGAACAUAAAGGUUCCCCAUGUUAUUCUUGGCGAUGAAGCAUACCCACUCAAAACUUAUCUCAUGCGACCGUUUCCAGGAUACAAUUUGGAUCCGGCUAAAAGGCUGUUCAAUAGGCGGCUCUCUAAAGUUCGUCAGGUUAUUGAAUGCACAUUUGGCAUAAUUAGCAGCAAAUGGAGACUGCUGCAGAAAAGCAUUGAAGUGGAGCCAGACUUUGUUGACACCAUAGUUCAAUGCAUAUGCUUGUUGCAUAACAUUGUCAUCGACAAAGAAGGCGAACAACAAGUAUCACCUGGACAAGAAGAUAGUAAUGAUGACAACACUACUAGCAGACCUGUUAGAUUUACUUCUUUGGGUGAAAAUAGGGGCUCUAACGCAGCCUAUACAGUAAGGGAUAAGUUCGUGGCAUUUUUUUCUGAAAUGGAAACUGUAUAGGGCCUAAGUUACCAAGUGUUAAUCCACAUUGUGAAUUAGGAGUAUUGUACAUUCUGUUACUUGUACUAUGAAAUAAAGUAAAUAAUGAAGAAAAA